AUGACAAAUGUGGUGUACACAUUCAGGGACCCGACAGGAAAUUCGGCAGGCUGUGCCUUUGUUGUUAAUGUCAUAGCUGACACUCGUGUCCCAGUCAUCACCGGCUGUCCCACAGCUGUCUCCGGGGUUGCCCCGUCCGGAUCCACCACCGGCACAGCCACGUGGGAUGAGCCAACGGCUGCCGACGACGACAACUUACCGGUACAACUGGCCCGAUCCCACUUCCCUGGUUCUUUGUUCCCGAUUGGUGGCACCACAGUGCGUUACGUAUUCAUGGACUCGGCAGGAAACCAGGCAAUUUGUUCCUUCGUUGUCACCAUCACCUCAGCAUUCGGUGCCACCAACCUGCCUCGAACAACACCAUUGCAGGGCGAAGAUGAUAUGAACCCUACGACCACAACAGGCGACGUCGUUCCAUACAACAUCACCAGUGCUAUUGUGAUCAGUGUGUUAAGCACACUAUUGACCAUUCUAGUUGCUGCAAUCGUCAUCUACGCCGUGAGGAGGCGGGUCAAACUAUUAAAAAGAAGCAGGCGACAUCAGGCGGAUAACAGCGAUAGGGCUAAUUUUUUGGCAGAAUUCCACGCCAUGACCAUCGUCGGCUCCCAUCCUAAUGUCGUCUCUCUUUUGGGGGCGUGUCGGUAUCAAGAUGUACUGUACGUGGCCUUGGAGUACGCACCUAACGGUGACCUGCUUAGCUACCUGCGAUCAGUUCGAUCAGCUCCGGAUGGGGGAGUCAUGUCCUCGGAUCAGCUGGUGAAGUUUGCCUUCGAUGUUGCAAAGGGAAUGGAGCAUCUGUCCAAAACAGGGCUUAUUCACCGAGAUCUGGCUGCGAGGAACAUCCUACUCGGGGAAGAUCUGGUCGCUAAGAUUUCAGAUUUUGGACUUUCUCGAGAGGGUGACAUUUAUGUCCAAACUUCAAAGAGACCUGUUCCCGUUCGCUGGCUUGCCAUUGAAUCCCUCGUCAAUCAAAGCUACACGACGCAGAGUGAUGUGUAUGCUCUGAUGACCCAGUGCUGGUAUGAGGAUCCGAACAGGAGACCGUCUUUCUCAGAUCUGACACAGAUCCUUGGACGAAUGACCGACAAUAUGUCGCCCUUCGUCGAGGGCCAGGCCUAUUAUGUGAAUGCCAUCACACCAGAGCUGGAUGAGAUUUGA